AUGGUCUCAAAUGCGGGUUCUUUGGCUGGCGGCGGCGAUGUGGAGGCGACGACGAGGAAAUCGGCAAAAAGAUCGGUGAAAAUCGAGGAGAAUCCGAUUUUCAGUCAAUCUUCUGGUAGGCAUUUUUUGAUUUUUUUGAUAAAAAAGACAUCAAAAAAUGUUUUUAUUUACUUUACAAAAACAUCAGAUCACAAGCCAGCACCUUUUUUUGUUGCUGUAAGACAAAAAUUUCAUUUUUUUUUUUAGUUUUUGCGAAAUCAGACCUGUCAAACCAAAUUAUAAUCUAAACAAAUCUUUUUCUCGUUGCAGAAGACGAGAUUUCCCUUUUUUUGGGCCACUUCCCACAUUUUCUUGCCCAGGUGUUCCAAUAAACAAAAAUGUAGCUAUUAUCUUGUUUUUACUAUCUAUUUUUGUUCAUUUUUGGCUGGACGCGCAAUAUUUACACUUUGUUUUGUCUAGCUGUCAUGUUCCUUUAAAUUCCAUAUGAAAACGUGGAUUUAAAGGCGCAUGGUGGAUGGGAAAAUGAAUAAUUGCCACGUCAUACGAUCCUCUUGUUAAAGAAAUAGACAACUUUUAAAACUGAGGUUCAGGCUGGCCCAAUAUCUUGAUUUUGCUUACUUUUCUACAUACUUUCCAACCAGAAAUCAUUCAAAAUAUGUGCGUUGAUAGAAAUGGCGCAAGGUUGAAAAAAAUAAUUCGAAUUUGAACGCCCGCCGAGUUCUAGAUAAUCUAGUGCAUUUUUGGGCGGCGGUGUGCGGUGUUUGCAGACUUUUUUUUUACUUUUCUUUUUUUUCGUUUUUUUUUUGCAAAAAACGGAUUUUUGUGAUGAAAAUCGGUUUUUGACUAUCGCAGCACUUCAGGAAUCAUGAUUGUCGAUAUUUAGGUGAGUUUUAAUGAACAUUUCAUGGUUUUCAUGUUCAUUUUCAGGAAAAAUCGGCGAUUUACAAGUUUCGAAGGAUUUUCGAUGGAAUUCUCAAUUCAAGUCGUUUUAUGACGUUUGGUGAGUUUUUUGUCAAAGUUUUAUGCUAGAUGAUAGUGAUUCUAGGCAGAAUCGAACAAAUAACAUCUUUAAUUGUUAGUUUUGUAACGAUUUUGGCUGUGAGUCCAUCAAAAUUCAAAGUUUUAUUGAAAAAUGAAUCUGAAACUGAUUUAAUUGUUGUUAAUUUCAGAGAACAACUUCAAUGUGCUGUGUUAAUGGAUUUGGAGGCUAAACAAAGUGAUGAUUCGCCAAAAACAUCCCGGAAUUCUGCGAUUUUCAGAAAUUCGCCAAUUUUUGAAGAUUCGAAGCCUAUCCAAAAAUUCCUUUGCUCAAAUGUUCACUCAAAUGCUAUGUAAAGUGUUUCUUUCAAUAAAUUUGCUAAAUUUUUCCAAGUUUUUAUUCGGUUUCUUGCUUUCAACAAACCAAAAAAAUAAAAGUAAAACAACGAGACUCCGCGUGACACUGCGCUCACACAAUCGCGGCAAUUUUUUUAUUUUCAAACGAGGGUUUUUUAAUUUUUUUCUUUUGCUUCAAAAAAGGGUUAGAGUGAGUUUUGAGAGUUCUCUCUUUGCAGAUGUGUUAAAAAUAGUAUGAAAAAAGUAAUUUUGGUCUGUUUUGAACCGUAGCUUAAAAGUUGUCUAUUUCUUUAAAAUCUUGAUUGAAAUGGGUUAUGACGUGGAAUUUUGUCUAGCUUCUCAUGUACCUUUAAAUUCCAUAUGCAAAGGUGGAUUUAAAGGCGCAUAUUUUUCUGAAGCCUUCUGAAGCCUUGUGAAACUUUCUGAAGCCUUCUGGAGCCACAGAAAUUCUUCUGAAACCUCUAAAAAAUUUUCUGAAUCGUUCUGAAGCCUUAUGAAGCCUCUAAAAUUCUUCUGAAGCUUCUAAAAUGCCACGUCAUAGCUAAAUUUUGACUUUGAUUUUGACGUUAAAAAUUGAUUUUUUUUUGAGCCAAAAAUCCACGUGGUUUCCACAAAUUGUUGGCCAAAUCGAAUCUCACGUGGAUUUUAGGCCCCAAAAGUCUUCACCAAGUUUUCGAGCAACACUAGAAAUCUUGCAGGCUCAUCCGUCAACGAAAUGGUAAACCUAACCGACGAAUCAUCCAGUCCAUCGGAAGAAACAUCUCCACCGCGUGCCGCAUCGCGUACGCGUCGCCGCACAAUGUCGGGCGGUCGCGCCGAACACCAUCUCCUCACCACCAAAACCGGCAAGAAAAUCUACACCAAAGGUCGUCCACCAUGGUACGAUAAACGCGGCAAAUCGUUGAAACAGUCGUUUUUGAUUGGCAUUUGCGGCGGAAGCGCGUCCGGAAAGACGACAGUCGCCGAAAAGAUUGUGGAGCGCUUGGGAAUUCCGUGGGUCACGAUUUUGUCGAUGGAUAGCUUUUACAAAGUUCUCAACAAGAAACAAAUUGAACAAGCCAAUUCGUCCGAUUAUAAUUUCGAUCAUCCCGAUGCUUUCGACUUCGAACUCCUUCACAAAACCCUCGAUCGACUCCGAGUUGGAAAAUCAGUCGAAGUUCCCGUCUACGACUUCAACACCCAUUCAAGAGAUCCGAAUCCGAAAAUGAUGUAUGGAGCGGAUGUUUUGAUUUUCGAAGGAAUCUUGGCUUUUCAUGACAAGAAAAUUCGAGAUCUGAUGGAUAUGAAGGUGUUUGUGGAUACUGACGGAGAUUUGAGAUUGGCGCGGAGAAUUACACGGGAUGUUAGUGAGAGAGGACGGACUAUUGAUGGAAUUACUGAUCAGUAUUUUAAGUUUGUUAAGGUGAGUUGGAGAAUGGGUGUUUUUAAUGGAAAAUUCGUGAUUUCUCACUGAAAAUAUUUGAAUUUCAGUGAAAAAUUCGAUAUUUUUCGUCCUGAAACAUGAUUUUUUCCCGAAAACUUGGUUUUUGACUGAAAAUCCAGAAUUUUUCACUGAAAAUUCACAUUUUCCAUGAAAAUUGAAGUUUCUGAAGUCAUUUUUUCAAACAAAAAUUUCCACGUGGAUUUUUGGCACCGAAACAUCAAAAAGGUUGGAUUCUAACUGAAAAUGAGGAUUUCAAUGAAAAUUCAGAAUUUUUCUCUUCAAAACGAGCGCAACGUCUGAUUUUCAGGUGAAAUAUGCUGUUUUCACUGAAAUUUCCGAUUUCUCACUGAAAAUGUGUGAAUUCCAGUGAAAAAUUUGAUGUUUUUCGUCCAGAAACAUGACUUUUUAUCGAAAAAGUUGUUUUUUACUGAAAAUCCCGAAAUUUUCACUGAAAAUUGACAUUUUCCAUGAAAAAUGAAGGUUCUGAAGUCAUCCUAAAUUGCCACGUGGUUUUUGAUAGAAAAUUCGGAAUUUUCAAUAUGAAAAAAGAUUGUAAACCCGAAUUUCGACAUUUUCUUGAAGUUUUAACGCCCAGAAAGCCACGUGGCUUAAAAACUAACUCAAAAAUUGAUUUUUCAGCCAUCAUUCGAUCUCUACAUUGCUCCAGGAAUGCAAGAAGCCGAUCUAAUUGUGCCACGUGGCGGUGACAAUGACGUGGCAAUCGAUAUGAUUGUGCAAAAUGUGAUGGCUCAAUUAGUCGAACGCGGCUACGAUAGCAAUCAAAAUAAUCGAGAUCGUCACGAUUUGGUGCGCGAAGAUUUGCCCGAUUGUCUGCCACAGAAUCUGAUUAUUCUGAAGCAAACGCCACAAGUUCGAGGAUUGGUGACAUUUGUGAGAGAUCGAACAACCAGUCGAGACGAUCAUAUUUUUUAUUCCGAUCGAUUGAUGAGAAUAUUGAUUGAGGAGGUUAUGAAUCAUAUGCCUUAUCGGGAUGUUGAAGUCGAAUUGGCUAAUGGCAAAAAGUAGGUGGUUUUUGGGCUAAAACUUAUCUAGAACGGCCCAAGAUCAGUUUCAGAACUCAAAACCUUGAAAAACCAUUAUUUUUAAUGGAAAAAGCCUGAAAAUUGGUCUAGAACGGCCUAGAAUUAUCAUGGACACUGUGAGACUUGAAAAUCGUUGUUUUCAGGUCUAAUAGGACUUAUAGUGAUUCUAGGCCGCUCUGGACCAAUUUCCAGGCUUUUCCCAUUAAAAAUAAUGGUUUUUCGAGAUUUUGCGGUCCGAAACUGAAUUUGGGCCGUUCUAGGCUUGUCUCAAAUAUGUUUCUCGAGAAGAAUAUUCUUAUGGAAACUAAGCCUGAAAUUGGUCCAGAACAGCCUGAAAUUUUUCUAGGCCUGGAAAUAUCGAUUUUUAGUCUAAAAUUACCUGGAAACUUGGACUUUAAUCCUCAAAAUAGUAGAAAAUCUGAGAAUUUCAACCCUAAAAAUGACCAAAAAUCAUAAUUUUUCUAAAUAUCCACGUCAUAGACCACGCUGAAAUUUUUAUCUCUCAUUCCUAAUUUAAAAAUCGUUGCAGAGCCGCUGGAAAACGCAAAAACGCUCAAAUCUGUGGACUUCCAAUCAUGCGAGCUGGUGAAUGUAUGGAAAGUGCGUUGAGAAGUGUUGUCAAGGAUUGUGUGGUGAGUGGCCUAGAAAUCUAAAUUAAAAACUAGUCCCCACAGGUUUUUUUGGCUUAAAAACACUCAUUUUCAUUUAGAAUUUAGACCGUGGCCUAGAAAUUUGAAAAGCUAGUCCUCCAGGUCAUUUUCCUUGAAAAUUUCGGAUUUUUAGCUCAAAAUUCAAUUUUCAGAUCGGAAAAAUUCUGAUUCAAACCAACGAAUCAACAUUCGAUCCCGAAUUGCACUACAUCCGCCUUCCGCCACACAUCACACGCUAUAAAGUGAUUAUAAUGGAUGCGACUGUGACAACAGGCAGUGCAGCAAUGAUGGCAAUUCGUGUAUUAUUGGAUCACGAUGUGAAAGAGGAGGAUAUUUAUGUGGCUAGUUUAUUGAUGGGACAACAAGGAGCCCAUGCUUUAGCCUAUGCUUUUCCCAAAGUGAGUUUUUCGGGAAAAUUUGGAGAAAAAUGAGCCAAAAUUCGGGAUUUUUGGGUGAAAAUUGAGCCACGAAAAUCCAAAGAUACUGUAGAAUUUCUGACGCGAAAAGCUGAUUUUUCAAAAAUUCAAAAAAUUGCAGGUCAAACUCAUCACAACAGCCAUGGAUUCGCAUAUGACCGAAAAUUGCUAUCUGAUUCCCGGAAUGGGAAAUUUCGGCGAUCGAUAUUAUGGAACUGGGCUCGAUUUGGACUUGGAUGAACCUUUUGAAGCCUAA